AUGAACACCCGUAAAGUGAAUCCCGAGGCCUCCAAGUUGUCCGACUUGGACGGCGAGACCCGCUCUAUGGUCGAGAAGGUGGGUGCGAGUGAGGGCUGGUUGUUGUGGUCGACACUGCCGUGUAUGAUGUACGAUCAAAGACAAAAGGAACUGGGUUUGCCUACCAGUGAGGACCAGAAAAAACAGGACGUCAUUAAGAAGUUUAUGGCGGAGCACCCGGAGAUGGACUUCACGAACUGUAAAUUCAAUUAACGAUUAGGUUUUGAUUGUAAUGAUAGUUACGAUAUAUUUUUGUCUGUUUUUUACCUGUUAAUCAAUUCAUACCUUUCCGC